ACGUCGCCGCGAAUGGUCGAGGUUUUCCCGGGUGUGCCAACAAGGACGGGUUUUGGAACCGGUAUGGAUUUUAAGUAGCAAACAAGUGAUAGACAGUUCGAUUUGCGAGAUAAGAUUGUGAGAUAGUAAGAGAUUAUGAGAAUAUUUUCUUCGCCAUGCUUGCCGCUUGAAUCUGGAUAUUCUCUGAUUUGGUAAAGUGACGUUUGUUCAAUCAUUUGCUUUGUGGUAUAUUUGUGUAAGUUCGUGAGCGAAUAAGUAUUGGUGCAAGCUAGCAGAUGCUGGAGAGGCUUCUCGCAGCAUCAUCGUCGACAAUAGAGCCAGUAGUGUCAUCAUUAGAAAACGUCAUUCUCGGGCUUGUUGGCGACGAAUAGUAGAUUGUGAGAGUGCUCCCCUCGACAAGGAUGGUUGUCGUAUAGAAGUUCGUGAGUGAAAAUGUAGAAGAAAAACAUCAAUUAUUAAUUUGGUGUUAGAAUUUUUGGGCCAAUGAUAGGCAGUUCAUUUUUUGUUAAUGUGUUCCACAGUUUGUUCCCCUCAAACACCAACUGCUGAUAGCCUAUGAAGCAUCGCUGGGCAUCGAAUCUUGAGAAAAAAUUCGACCCUUAUUAUUACUGGAUUACCAAUAGUUUAUUUACUAAAAAGCUGGUGCGUCAGCAAAGUGCCUACCUGUUUUUUUUUAAUCGGAAUGAAUUACGUUCGAUAGCAUAGAUAUUCGAAUCUAGUAAGCAGCAGGAAUACACCACUAACCCAGAUCCUUCACCAGGAAACAGUUACGGAUACAUUGAAGCAAAACGGUAGAACCUAGAGGGAGAGUGCGAGUGAUGAGUGUUUCUUAGGCAAGAAAAAAAAUCUAAACAUGAUGACAGUGAAUUGUGAAGUUUGUAAAUAACAAAAGAUAUGGUACUCAGCAUCUCGCUGCAUGUGGCCAGCAAUGGCAAGUGAGGUAAAAAAUCAAUUCUUUGGGUACAACCGUAACCAUCUCCACUGGAAGAUACUGUGACGUGGAUAUAGUCCUAGGAGAAGUACGAGUAAAGGACACGUACCAGCGCACAAAACCCUGAACAGCAUAAAUACGGUAAACCACUCGCGAUGUUUCCGCCACUUUUCAUGCGAAAGGAGAACAAUAGCUUGUCGACGGCAGACGGCGCAGGAUUUACCUCGUUCAAGUGAUUGACGAAGAAGCGAAACCGACGCGUUGUUGGUCUGAGUGUGUAUGUGUGUUUGUGUGUGUUAGUGACAGAAAGACGCAGAGGGAAACUCAAUUUUCCGGAGCCUAGAGUGCAGAACCGGAAAGCGAAGAGAAAGCGGCCGACGAAAAGUGUGCGUGCUUUUGUGUUUUCCAUUUACCCUCUAAUGGUGUGAAGUUGCGCCGUUCUGCAGAAGCCAACAGCAAAACAGAUAGUCACGGUGUUUGUCGACUGUGUCCUGGAGAAUGCUCCUCUAGUCUAACGGAGCGGCGUGAAACACAGUGUGCGAUAUUAAGUAGGAAACAAGCGGAGGAUGGUAAUCGUUUAAGUGGAUUUAUUAUGAUUUAAAUAGAGGAUUAUCAAAAGGAGACGAUAUAAAAGAUGAACAUGAAAGCAAUACACUGUUCUCUGCUGGCGGCACUGGCACUGAAGCUGGCCGGGCUCUGCUACAGUUGCAAGAUUUCCGAAUUUCCGUGCAAGGGCGGAGCCUUCUGCGUACCGUUGGAUAAAUUCUGCGACGGAAAGGACGACUGCGGAGAUGCCAGCGAUGAGCCGAAGAUGUGUACCGUUUGCAACCGGACGUACUACGGCGAUAUCGGACGAACGUACUCUCUAGCAGUCCCCCCGCCACAGUGGAAUCGACUACCGUUUCUGUGCCAUCUAACAUUUACAGCAUCCGGUAACGAGCAAGGUGACAUCGUGCAGAUAAUAUUCGAUAAAUUCACCGUGGGCCGUUUCGACGAGGGGCUUAUCGAUCCGGACAUGGACUCGAGCGACACCAGCCUGACCAGUGGCGGUGACCUGCCGGGCUGCCCGGAGGGUUUCAUGCAGCUGAGCGAAUUAGGUCGUCCUUUUACCGGUGGUUCCUGGUGCGGCAAAGCGUCCGGCCAUCAGCUCUAUUUCAGCGAAACGGCAACGGUGACAGCAUCUGUCAAGGUUUUCCAUGCACCAAUGCAGACCGGAACGCCGUUCGAGUUUCGCAUCCGGUACAAAUUCAUAAGUCAAUCAGACGCCAUUGUCAGGUACGGUGCCCCGAACGAGCUGUUGGAGUUGGGCCGCGUCACACCUGGAACCUACUGUACCCGACAGUACGACGAGUGUUAUAGGAAAAAAUGUCGACUACAAAGUCCAAACUAUCCGGGAAUGUAUCCACGGAACGUGACCUGCUAUUGGACAAUCCGACAGAAGGUGGUACCCACCUGUAAGCAUGCGAUGGUCUCCAUCAGCCAGGAGAAUGAACACAAGGCACUGGUGAAAAGGUCAAUCGCCAGUCUGAACAAGACGUCCCGAGCGGUCCGAGCGUGGUCUGAUUGCACCGGGGAACGUGACCACUUGAUCUUUUACGAUGGCAGCAGCACUAACGAUCCGGUGCUGGCCAAGUACUGCGGCGGUGAUUGGCUACCGAAGGUCAUUUCCAGGGGCCCCGAGAUGCUGAUUGCGUUCCACUCGAGUCCAUUCUCCGCGCCGUUACAGUCGGGCCAAUCGAACCGAGGCUUCGAGCUGGAUGUCGACAUCCUGUUUGCUGAUUCUGAUUCGUACGAUUUCGCCCAGGGCAGCAAGUGCGAGUUUCACAUCAAUGCAUCCAAUCCAGAUGAAGUCCUGUACUCUCGUCGCGGUCGCAUGGGACACAUGCUCAGCCCACGACACACACUGCCACCGAACACCACCUGCACCUACUACUUCCACGGAGUUCCCACUGACCUGGUGUGGAUUUCAUUCACCAACUAUCACCUACAGAUUCUACAACCCAGUACGGGCAGCGAUAACGGCACCCUCGGAAAGAACGAGUCUCCCUUACCCUGGUUAACUCGGUUGCGCGUGUGGGACAGCAUCGGAACGUACGUGCCCCUUAAAACGACAUCCCCUGCAUCCAUCAUCACCACGUCAGCCACUUCGCAAGCCACCUCGACUUCCUCUAGCUCCUUUGGGAGCUCAUCCGGUACGCCGGGUGUCACAAUGUCAGGUUUUAGUAGCACCACUGCGCUGUACCAACAAAUGAUGAACCGAACCGUUAGUACCUACUAUGGAACAGCAAAUCAAAACGGAAAGAGCCUAAAAAUAAACGUCGACAACGUAUGGAAUCCGGUGGAUCAGUACAUCUACGGUCCAACGGUAAACAGCAUUUUUAAUCAAGCACAGCCACAACCUGGACAUCAGUCGACUAGCUUCGGAGGAGACAAAGGUUUAGUGUUCGGAGUAGGAAUGGGUCUACCGGAAAAGAUGCCCAAGUAUUCGUCGGGUAGUGGGAAAGGUUCUAAAGAAGGUUCGCGACACGGCAAGGAGAGUGCCAACGAAGUGAUGAAGGAUCAUGGCGGCCGUAGGGAGAAAUCCACGAGAACCAAUCGUCGCAUGGUGGCCGAGUUCUACGAUAAUGACUCUCCCAAGCUGUGCGACCACGUCUCGAUGGAAACGAAGAACGAUCGAAUGCGACCGUGCACUCCACUGGAGAGUUAUGUUAGCACCGGAAAUGAUUUGAAAAUCGAAUUUCACACGAUGACGGGAACUUCGUUGUUUCCGUCCAGCUUUGGAAUCAAGUAUGAGUUUGUGGAUACUGAACUAGGUGGGGAGCCCUAUCUGGGUCAGAAAGGCGAAGAGGUCCCCUUGUUAUGUUCAAGAGUUUUUCGCAAACGCAAGGGUGACUUUCAAUCGCCGCGUAAUGUGUUUCUACACGGACGGGGAGGAGCGAAGAACAUUUCUUGUCUGUAUCGGUUCGAAGCUUCCGUUGGCGAAAGGGUACGCAUCGAGUUGUACAAUGUUUCGUUCGGAGAAUCAGCGGCAUGCGUUACCGAAUCCGACGGUCACACGGGUCGGGCGCGGUGUGCUCCAGCGGAUAGCGACUCCGAUACGGGAAGGGUUGGGGAACUCCGCAUAUUCGAUGUUCCUUACAAGGACGUGAAAAUCCCGUUGGGUUGUUUUUGCGAUAAUACCACUGGCUCUUACAAUUCACCGUUAACUUUUAUUUCGAACUCCCGCACAUUGGAAUUGACCUUCGUGGUAACGCGGCUUAAUAUUUCCGAAGACUUUGCCGAUGUAUAUUUUCAUGCUUCGUACGACUUUAUUCGUGUACCCGAGUGUCGCAAGCGACUGAAACUGCGAGGUUCCGGUGGAGAGGAUGAGGUGAGCUAUCCGUUGCGGUCACACGAAGCCAGCUGCGAUGGUUUACCGUGGUUCAUCGAAGCCCAACAACAGGAUCGCAGUUUAUUCGUUCGUACGUGGGGUAGUUUUCUGUCUAUUGAUCCAACAGUACAGGAGGACUUCGCGAAAUGUAACACUCGAAAUCGGCUGCUGGUGUAUAGCGGGAAGCCGAUGCGGGUUAUGAGGGUCAUCUGCCCUUCGCCUCCGUCCAGUCGAUCAGCUGCGUUGCACAUCUUUUCCGAGGACUGGAUGAGCAGUCAACCGUUUCUCAGUUUGGAUAGGCCGGUUAGUAUGGUGCUGGAACCCGUUCACAAGGAGCCGGGAAGCAUCGCCUUCUCUUGGCUGGAGAUACAACGCACGAAGGCCUCACUGAUUCAGCAGCUGGAUCUACAAACAAACUUCACUGCCAAUGAUACUCUGGUCGAAUUUGGCCUGUAUCCGAGGGAAUCCGAGUGUGAACAUCGGUGUCCCGAGCUGGACGCCUGUAUUGGCAGUGUGCUGUGGUGUGACGGUCGUCCGAACUGCCCAUCCGGGUUCGACGAAAGUGAACAGGAGUGCGGCAGCCGGCUGAUAGAGCUUCCCGGCGGAAUGUUCGCUGCAUUCGGUUGCCUCGCAGCGGCCCUGUGCGCCUGUCUCAUCUUCUGCGCCCUGGCCAUGGUCAAGAAACGCCGAAAGUCCAACGAGAAGCUGAAAACGGCUCCCACCUCCCUCAACGGUACCCUCUCGAAGAAGGACUACAAGAAGGAACCGUUGUUCUUCGAUCCGGACUCCUGACACGGACUGCAACCGGUCGAAUACAUCCACGUCGACCGGGAGACGACCGUGUGACAUGUUGUCUACGUCGACAUGGACGACCUUGCGUACUGCUAAACGCACCACCCAUCCGACACACACAUUCGCCAAAUGCAGCGCGCUCUCACCAGCGCGUAAGACCGAGAGCAACUUUUUCAGGUGGGUAAAUUCGAUAGAGACGUAUUUAAAACCGCAAGUGAUUAGCGUAAUGUUAUUGAUUUAACAAAAAAAGCAAACAAACGUUAGGGACAAAAACUGCCCUUAGAAAUUUUCGAUUCGGCGCUCAAAACAACAAAAACAACACUGUAGCAAAAAAAAGAGACAGAGAAUUUGCACUCUUUCUGCAACCUAAAAGGGGACUUGAUAAACAAAGUAUUAUAGAGCUCUUUUUAAAUAUUUGUAAGAUUUUUAUUCUACAAAAAUCUUGUGAUUCGAUCUUAGUUUUCUAUUAUCGUCAGAAUACUUUCCGGUUGGCCAAGAAUUGAUUCGAAAAUAAAAGCAGUGUUUUUCCGCAGGAGAAAAAUGCCAAAUGGAACGAACGGUGUUAAGAAAGCUCGACCAUGAGCGUAUAAAAAACCCGGUGUAGUUAUGCUGUGUAGAGAAAGAAAGUCACUAUUCGAACUUAAGAGAAUGUAUCCUAAUACGCAAAUACGGAAAAGAGAAAGAAGAAAAAACUAGCCAAAUAUUUUUCACGAAAGAAUCGUUAUACUUAUUACUAAAGAUAAACUAAACUAUAAGCAGAAGAGAGAAAGCAAAUACGGAGGAAGGAGAUGCAGAAAAAAAAACUAAACUUCUAUCGUAAGAUGUUACCAAUCGUAGAAAAGGGAGAAGAGAAAAAAGAGGUUCUAAACUUCAACAGCAGGAUAUACACACACACACUACAUGGUAGAAAUCUUGGAGCACACCUUUAGGUUUUCCGUUACCCAAAUGUUACCGAGCUCUUGUUUCGUGUUACCUGUAGACAUGGCCGGGGUCGGGUCGAGCUGGAGGCCGGUUUGUGGUAACCUAGCGGUUUUUUUGCAUAACUAGCUUUUCUGAUAACCGACUGACUUAUUGGUAUUUAUUGACGAAACUAAAUCAAGUCCAAUUUUUUUCUAAUAAAAAAAAAUACAAGAAGGGAAUUUAAAAAAACUUUAAUAUUUAAAUAGUAUCCAUGUUCUAAUUUCCGGAAUUCAUAUUCAUUAAAUCGCUCGUCUAGGAUUAAUAUAUACUACGUUUUCUUCAGUUCUGAAGUUAGCUCUAGUGUUAUAUUUUCUAUUUAUCAUCUGACACAAAAUUUUCGAUGGCGACAUUUGUUCUAUUUGCAUUUGUAUUUAGAAAUAUUUGCUCUAUAAUAUUACUCGAACUCAGUCACGUGACAACAUUACUAGCUCGAAUGACCAAAACUAAAAGCUUCCACCACAAAUUGGGCUUCUCUCAAAACGACAACCGACCUUCACUGUAAAUAUUAUCAUUACCAAAAAGAAACCGAUUGUAUAUAUUAGUAAUCCCACUAGCAAAAAAAAAGAAAGACAAAUGGCAACGCGCUGUCCAAACACCAACCAAACUGUCCUUCGUCUUAGUUGCUCUAGCCUUCGCGUCGGCAGUAAAGAAGUCCGAAUCCAUUCAUAACUCAUUCUCCCGUACAGUCGGAGUCGAUUCACACUGGCUUCAGGCGGCCAAUCGAUGUGUUGUAAGCGGAUUUAAAUUCCACUGAAGAAAUAAGCAAACAAACAAAAAACUAUAGCGCAGUUCUCGAGCUGCAACCAAAGCAAAUUAAAACUCAUAGCGAUAAAAUGAUACACACAAAAAAAAAGAAAUAUUUUUCUAUUAGCACAUUUAACACACCUGCAAAGGCAAAUGCAUUACAGCCGAACCUUGAUGUACAGCAGAAUUGUGCGAGAAGAGAACAGAAUGGGGGUGAAAGACCGUGUAUUUGUUGUAAAAGGCGCAAGGUACGAUUGUAAAACUAUAAAAGACUUGAAGUAGAAUUCUGUAGGCAAACAAAUAACCGAAAAUAUUUUCAGCCAGAAAGUCGUCCUUUGUAGGAUGUGUCCAAUCAAAACUAGAAGCCGCAGUUUUCGAAUGGUGUUUUUGGCGCUGCGGGAAAAAAGAGUUUUGAAAAAGAACAAAAAACUCUCAAAUCAACUACUUCGUGGUGUGAACGAAACGAGAAAAGUGAAGCAAAUCGCAAAAGGAGUCUGCAAAUACGAAAGAACUACUAAAUACUUGAAAAUAAACAUAAAAAAAAUACUGCACACAAUCUUUCCAGGCACAAAAAAUACACACACAAAAACAUAAGUAACAUAAAGAAUCACAGCUGGAAUAAUUGAUAUUAAGAUUAUGAACAAGAAUUAAACAAAAAAAAAUGAAUGAAAAUGAUAAAACUCUACCCUUAAUAGACACUAUGUGACAAAGGAUGGCAAACCAGUUAUAAACCAGUGAUCCAGCUGAGCAGGAUACGUUACAAAAACUCACUCUUUCUCUCUCUUACUCUAAGUUCUCAAUCAAAAAUGGUUGAACUGAUAGUUACUAGUAUUUAUUCAAAUUUUUCGAACGAAUAGCUAAUACUUUUUUCCAAAUGCACUCACACGAACGUGGCACGAAAAAAGAAGAAAAAAAAAACAAAACAAACUAUGCUGCCAUCUUGGAACAGUAACGAUCGGAGUGUUAUUUUCCGUUUUAUAUUGGUACUGGAAAUCUGCCGUUGUUCUACACUGCUAAAUGGUUUAUAUAAGAAUUUUGUUGAUCGUAUUGACUACUUUCGAUAUGGAAAAGAGAAGAAGAAAAAACUAAGCUAAAACUUACUUUGUAAAUGGAUGACAGGUGCCGACAGUAAUAAAAAGUGAUUUCUUAUAAAACUA